AUGCCAGCCAAGUCGAGAUUCACGAGGCUCGAUGCCUUCACCAAAACCGUCGAAGAUGCGCGGAUACGGACCACCUCGGGCGGGAUCGUCACCAUCGUCUCUCUGAUCGUCGUUCUUUACCUGGUCUGGGGCGAGUGGUCUGACUACACGAGGAUAGUAAUCCACCCGGAGCUCGUUGUCGACAAGGGCCGAGGCGAGCGCAUGGAGAUCCAUAUGAACGUUACCUUCCCGAAGCUGCCCUGCGAACUUCUGACACUCGACGUGAUGGAUGUUUCUGGCGAACAGCAACACAGCGUUUUGGCUGGAGUUAAGAAGGUCAGGCUUCAGUCCGUCGCUCAGGGAGGCGGUGUCAUUGACACCACCGCCUUAUCGCUCAAGGAGGAGACGGCCCACCACCUCGACCCCGACUACUGCGGUGUAUGCUAUGGCGCCCAAUCGCCCCCAAAUGCCGAAAAGGCCGGCUGCUGCAAUACCUGUGACGAGGUUCGAGACGCUUAUCAGCAGGCAUCGUGGGCUUUCGGUAGAGGCGAAGGCGUGGAGCAGUGUCUCCGUGAACACUACGCCGAAAGACUGGAUGAGCAGAGACAGGAGGGCUGCCGUAUCGAGGGCGCCAUCCGUGUCAACAAGGUCAUUGGCAAUUUCCACUUCGCGCCCGGCCGAAGUUUCAGCAACGGAAACAUGCACGUUCACGACCUGAAGAACUACUGGGACAGCCCCGUGAAGCACUCGUUCGAGCACGAAGUCCACCAACUUCGCUUCGGACCUCAGCUUCCCGAGGAUAUAGCCAAGAAGCAGGCCAGGAACAGCCCCUGGACCAACCACCACCUGAACCCUCUGGACCAGGUCAAGCAGGUCACCGAUGACCCCAACUUCAACUUCAUGUACUUCGUCAAGGUGGUCCCCACUGCUUACCUGCCUCUCAGCUGGUCCUCCAAAUCGAGCGGGUCGGCGUCCGACGACGAGCUGCUCGGCAACCUAGGCAGUGCUUUUGACGGCAGCUUGGAGACUCAUCAGUACUCUGUUACCAGCCAUAAGCGUAGCUUGUCAGGCGGUGACGACGCCGCAGAGGGCCACCAGGAGCGCAUGCACGCCCGCGGUGGUAUCCCCGGCGUCUUUUUCUCAUAUGACAUCUCACCGAUGAAGGUGGUCAACCGCGAGGAGCGGGCCAAGACGUUUGCUGGUUUCCUGACCGGCCUCUGUGCUGUCAUUGGCGGUACUUUGACAGUUGCGGCAGCUGUUGAUCGGGGAGUAUACGAAGGUGCCACGAGGCUGAAGAAGCUGCAGAACAAGAACCUAUAG